GGCUUUUGCGGUAGUGUUUUUUAUGACAAGAGUCAGCCAUUGCCAGGCGUAAGGAAUAGUAAUGGAGCCCCCAUCAUAGGGCAGUGGAGUCCAGAACGCCGCAGUUCGGAGGCGGAGAGUCGUCAGCACAUAUCGGGAUUGUAUCUGCCGGACCGGAUUACAAUGGUUGGCGUUGAAGCACACGACAGGAUGGAAGGAACGUCAUUAUAGUUAGAAAGUGAUCGAUUUCUCUCAUUUCCUUCUUCUCGGGCCAAACUAUGGGCACGCCACACCACGGUUACAAAAAAUAUAGUGUCCUGGCUUUGGCGGUCUUUGUUGACCUACACUAUUUAACUGCCACUAUUAACAAUUAGUACUGAAUUGGACUUACGUACCCGGCCUGAUGCCGCUGACGCACCCCCUGCGGUGGAGGGCCCAUCCAUCACCAACGCCCGGAUCCCCAUCCAACCUCCGUUGUUCCAUAGGUAGGUUUCGAGUAGGGCGUUCCGGCUUUGUUCUACCUUUUCGACCUCAGCUGCGUGUUCUGCGCACGUCGGCAACCUCGUUUUCCUCGCGCCAUAAGAACUCCGCCAGAUCCCUCAUCCCUUUCAACUCCGUCAAUGCUUCUCGCGUCCCACUCCCUUCCUUAACCACCACGUCUACUAUUAACACACCCCUACAUCUGAUGGCGACGCAAACCAGAAGCCAUGGUGGCCACGGCGGUCACCAUCACCAUCAUCACCACCACGGCGGCAAUGUGUACCUGACUUCUACAAACAAGAACGACGCCGGCGUUCGGAUUACGCGGAUCGGCCUGGUCGCCAAUCUUGCAAUGGCAAUUGGCAAAUUUAUCGGAGGUUACGUCUUCCACUCGCAAGCUUUGAUCGCCGACGCCUACCACGCCCUUACAGAUCUCGUCUCGGACAUCCUCACGCUGGGGACAGUCGCCUGGUCGCUCAAGCCCCCGUCUGAAAGGUUCCCAAACGGCUACGGAAAGAUUGAGAGCAUUGGUGCGUUGGGCGUGAGUGGGCUAUUGCUCUGCGGAGGCGUGUUUAUGGGCCUGAAUUCCGGUCAAGUUCUGUUAGACCAGUUCUACCCCCAGGCGGCGGAGGCGAUCUCUCACUUGGGACACGGCCAUUCGCAUAGUCACGGAAUCGACGUUCUUGGCCCCAGCAUUCAUGCCGCGUGGUUGGCCGCUGGGUCCAUUGUGGUAAAGGAAUGGCUGUACCACGCAACCAUGAAAGUCGCCAAUGAGCGCAAGUCGUCUGUUUUAGCCUCGAAUGCUAUCCACCAUCGCAUUGAUUCCCUCACCAGCAUUGUCGCUCUAUUCACCAUUGGCGGCACGUACUUGUUUAAAGACGCUUCCUGGUUGGAUCCUGUGGGUGGACUCCUUAUCUCGUUGAUGGUCAUCAAAGCCGGAUGGGGAAAUACAUGCUCGUCACUUCUGGAGCUGGCCGAUACUGCCGUGGACGAUGAGAUCAAGGAAUCGGUGCAGAAGACUGCUUCCAAGGCGCUCGCGAAAUUGCAGGAUAACAGUGCGAUCAAGAUACGCGAUAUUCAGGGCAUGAAAUCUGGCCAGAACUAUCUCAUGGAUAUUGAAUUGGCAGUGCCGGGCGCAUGGCCCAUCAAUCGAUCUCGGGAGAUUGAGGAAACUGUCAGGACAGCCAUCGGAGCGGGCGUCCGCGGCGUUAAGCGAGUCAAAGUGCGAUUUAUCCCCCUCGAGCAUGAAGAACUGAAUUUCUCCGAAGAGUUCAUCCCUGCUGAAGUUGCAUCCCAAGCCAACCCGGAACCGGAGGAUGGUGACACGGACUGUGAAGCGCACGGGCAUGAUCAUGGGCAUGAUGUGCACGAACAUGAUGUUCGCAAGAGGCGUUAAGGAGACAUCUCUAUUUUUGCUUUGUAUUAUUUUGCAUAUUUUGCUUUGUAUCGAGCCUAUUGAAGCUCUUGUUGUGUGUUUGCAUAGUUCGUGCCCCGUUUUGCACAUCGGACCUCGAAGGAUCAUGUGAUACCCCAUGAAUACACCAUUGGAGAUGAUAUCUCCAUGUCCUGUUUAUCUGCUGGUGGAGAUUGUGGCUGGUGAAAAUUAGAUCACACAGAGGUUGGGUCUAGCUGGCAGGCGUGAAGAAACGAUUGGAUAUAGGGAAGAAAAGAAGUCGAUAGAGGAGGACGUCAGCCAUGGCUGGCAAACCAUGUACAGUAUGUACAUAUACUGGCUGAAUAGAAUCUACAGCAUGUACUGCGGGCUUCUUGUGUACCAUUCAGAUCUCCUCGGAGAUGUUAAUUGUACAUUACAGUCGAAGUAGC